AUGGAUUAUUACAAUGAACGAAAAUUUAUCUGCGAGUUGAGUGGCCAUAGUUCUCUGACUUAUUUUGAAGCCGUCGAAAACGAAGCUAUAGAAGCCGAAAUUAUUAUUGGCAGCUUUCCCGAGCCUCUAAAAGAACCAAUACUGAGAAAAGUCCAAUUCUGUCAGACAAGCAGGUUAGACACUUUAGUAGACGAUUUGUAUAAUCAACUUCGACAGGACUUUUACCCGGGAGAGGUGGUUAUAGCCAAAUCGAAUGAACAGAGAAUAAAGGUCAUUAUUAGGGAAAAAGCUAAAUUCAAUGCUAUUACGCUUUCAACUGGCGAAGUUCAACCUGGUUACAGCCGGUAUAGGGUUGAGGUCGUUGGUGAUCCAACCAUGGAGAUGGCCGUUGAUGAUACGCAAUUAACGCGGGAUCGUAAGCUUUUCACUAAGAUAAUUUUGAGGACAUUUAUCAAGCAUGCGGUGUCCAGAGAAAGUUGGAGCGGUGCUCCGUGGCUAGUAAAGUCAAAAUAUGCUGAAAAAUAUCGAAUAGACACCGAAAUCCCAACGGAGCUUCUGAAACAAAACCCCCACUAUCAGCAAAUGCUAGAUCGAACUAAAAAACAGGAAAUGCGUCAAAAAGCCAGAGAAGAAAAAGCUCGGGAACUAGCUGAGCUCAAAGCUCGCAAUCUUGAGUUGAAGGCUGAAAGGAAGGCACAAAUCUGGCGUAAUCAAAGGUUGAAGAGGGAAGAAGAAAAGGCUAGACUGAGGGGUCAAAAUGGCUCCAGUGAGGGAACCCCUUAUCAUAGUCCGCAAUGGAUAUUGCCAAAUGACCAGGGUGUAUACUCACAGCAAUCAUCCCAUUUUCAAUACGCUGGGGAUGUUCCAGGUCUAAGCCCAAUUCAAGCGCCUAGUAUGGGUAAUAUUGAAACUAUGUUACCCAGUAUUAGCAGUGUUGUUGGAGGGCCGAUCGUUUCUACAACCCCCAUCUCCAUCGCACCGGCUGUGGCAAGUUCUGCUAGCAGUACCCGUCUUGGAAGUUCAGGUUCUGUGACUGUAGUACCAUCCACCAGCAGUAAACGUUCGGCAAAUCAAGACGAUCUUCUUUUCAUUCCUACGGGAGAAGCCCCAAAACGAGCACCAUUUAGAAAAGACGUACUCUUCUCCGAAGGCAAUGACCACCUGUUAACCACCCUUCUUGAAAGCUGGCUCUUUCUGAACGUAUAUCAUGAGCCAUUGUUACUAGACUCCUUUACAUUUGAUGAUUUCGUCGACGUUUUAAAAUAUGCUGAUGAAGAAACAGAGAUUCCUUUAUUGAAUGAGAUUCAUUGUGCAUUAUUAUCAGCUAUUGUGGGAACAUCCAACAGUGAACUACUUAUAUCAAUGCCUUACUAUGAUAGGGAGGAAAACGAGGAUACCGCUGAGGUAGAUGCUGAUGAGGAUGUUGGGAAAUUGGAAAGCGAAGCUAAGCAUGCCUACGAAUCGGAUAUAGAAAAUACGAAUUCCCAAAAGGUAGAAGAUAAAAUGGACAUCGAUACAAAGGACAAUAAUGAUUCGCUGGAGGAUAACACUAGCAAUCAUCGUGCAAGUAGUUUUUUACGGUACCAAAAUGUGGACUGGAAAGAACGUCUCAAAAAGCGCAUGUUCAAAGAUGGUGGUUGGCAACAAAUUGCUAUCUCUGUGUUACAUUCAGUCAAUUACGUCCCUGAGUGGACCGAGAUCAUCAAUGAGAUCUUGUCUUAUAUGGCUUCAUCUGAACGUGGUGUCACGCUUGCUGCUGCUCAUACAGGUUAUUAUGAACUUUCUUUCGAACUGAGAACCCGUAUCUUGGAAAUUCUAUGCCAUCUCGUCUAUUCCUCUUCUGUCAUUCGUAAUCACAUUGACCGAUCCUUAGAAGAGUCUACCAAACUUCGCAAAGAUAGGAUGGACCGACAGAGAGAGACGAAGGGAUUAGUAGAGCAGCUGAAGGGUCUCGAAGUCGAGAAGCGCGGUUUCAUCAGUGAUGAGAUUGCAGCUCAGAAAGAACACCAUGAACAGAAUGAGAAGCAAAAUGGCCGAGCUCCAGUUCCACUUGUAGAUGAAGCAGAAAUGGCUAAGAAAAACUCAGAAUUCGCUAAGGUGGUGAGCGAGUGUGAUAAGAUUACUAAGACGAUCGAGGAGUAUGCAGAUUUGAACAAGAAAUGUGAAGAAGAGCUUAUUCGACUGGAUUGUCAGCGUCUUCGUAUGCUAGGCAAAGACAGAUAUUAUAAUCGAUAUUGGUGGUUUGAGUCUAAUGGCAUGAAGAGACCGGAAAGUAUUGGUGUUAAAAAGACUAAAUCUAAGACCAUGAAGAAAGAAGAAGUGGAUGAAGAUAUCAAGGAAGAGGACAAACACCAGGGUUCACACAAAAUCGAAUUGGGGGAAGAACAGGAUGAGCCAGCAAAUGAUGAUGACGUUGGUGUCAAAAGGGAAGAGGAUGGUCCUGAUGUUGAUAUAGAGGAUCCAGAGCCCAAAAAUACUCAAAAAAACCAGGUGAGAUCUAAACCCAAAAAGCGUCCCGAUCGGAAACCCAAGACAAGAUCUCGGAAGAGGAGCCAUGUUGCAGAAGAAUCUGACGACGAAGCUGAGGAAGAGUCCGAGGACGAAGGUGAUACAGCUGAGGAAGUUAAAGAGGAAUCUGAAGCCGAGAAGGAGGAUACUGAAGAUGAAGAAAACUCUGGUUCUACUGGCAAUGAGUUGGUGGCAGAGUAUGAAGAUUCUGACGAAGAAGAACCAGUGGGAUAUGCUAUGGGCCGACUGUGGAUACAGGGUCCGACUGAAGAAGAUGCGCUGGUAUAUUUGAAAAGAGAACAGAGCCAAAUAGUUGCCAACAAUAAGAAUAACUCGAAAGAUGAGGCUGCUAAUGGCACUGGCUCCACAGCACUUACUCCAUAUGAUUUGAAAGAAAAAGAUGAGAGUCCUGUUUUCCUUGCUUCAUACAAUGACUGGGCAUACUAUGAUACCUCGGAAGAAAUUCAGGCUUUAAUUGAGUGGUUGAAUCCGCAUGGUUUACGUGAGUCUAAGCUGUUGAAAGAGCUCGGGCUGGCUAAACCGUAUUUAUUAGGCAGUAUUGAGGCACGUAAGGAAGACAUGGAGGCAGACAAGCUGUCACAAAUGCGUGAAAUUCAGGAGACUAUUGACGAAGAAUUUGGUAUUAUCUCCGAUGAUGAAGACAAUAAUGAUGUUGAGGCAAGUGAGGAGACGGCUGGUGAAACGAAUGUUCUCGUUGAGGGUGUCGCUGGAUCAGAAGCAGCUAUAGAGGCCGAUUUGGAAGGGGACCCGGAUAAUCCUCCGGAUGACGAAAUCGUUGUUGGCCGUCGGCGCCUGAGAUCUAGAAACAGUGAUGUCACGAGUGCAUCGGCUAUCAGUCCUCCACAAGUAGAAACUCGUCGACGAGGACCAGGACGUCCAGCGAAAAGAGUGGCUCUGGAUAAGGAAGCGAUUGCACGUGAGCGCCAUAAACGUAUGGAGGACAAACAAACUCGUAGGGAAUCAAAAAAUCAACGGCGCGAAGAACUUAUUGCAGAGAUGUCGUCAAAAGUUCCUUCUCGUGUCUUAGCAUGGACCAACUCAAUUGUUGAAAGUACCCUAGGUCACACUCAUUAUGAGGGUCCCUUAAAGAAACGAGGGCUUAGGAAAUCAAAACCCGUUCAUAAGGAAUGGACUAAUGACAGACGUUAG